UUGUUUUGGGCUCGCUUGGGCUUAAGAAUAUCUUCCGUUACCAAAGCUUUUCGCUAUUUAAUAUGGCUGAUUUUCUGUCACUUAUAUCACAUUUGAUAACUAAAGCAAUAAUUAAUAUUUCUUUCAAAUAUUUCUUGGAGGCCACGCUUUGAGACAGAAACUAACCAGAAAAACGCGGCGAAUUUUCUUAGAAGUGCCACCAAAUUGAUGCAAUCAAUGCCUUUUUAAUUAUUUUUGAUUUCUCGAAUGGUUCGAUACAAGUGCUAUUAUCAGAAUGUGCGAAAGAAUAACGUUUGACAUAGCAAAUAUUUUUUAUUGGUUUUCCCCUUGAAAUUAUUUUCUUUGUAUCAAUUUAAAAUAACGCGUGGCAAGUCAGCUGACAGUAACCAAUGCUCAGCUUUUUCUGAGCUGCAGACGAGUUUUUAGAAUGACAAUGAAGAAUGCGGUCUUCCGAGUAUAAUUAUGAGUUUUGGUCGCUUUGAUAUCGGUGCGAAGGUCAACACGAGGGCCCCCGGGACGUGCAAAAAAUGUGGAUACUCGGGUCAUUUAGCCUACCAGUGUUAUAACACAGUGCAAUUCCAGCCUCUCCAGAAAUCAGCAACAUUUUCAACUGGGAGUGUCAAACCGGGUACGGCAACUUCAGUAUCCAGUUGUAGUAACCAGAUAAUAUUGGAUGUGAGUAGCACGAGUAGUGACUCAGAUGGAAGUGACAAAUUGACUCCUCUGCAGAAACUGAACAGAGACGAAGAUAAAGAAAAGAAAAUUAAAAAGAAAAAAAAGAAGGUGAAAAAGAAAGAGAGGAAGGCUUCUGAAAAAUACGCACACAGCUCAUCGUCCAGUGAUGACGAAUCUUCAGAUGAAUCAGAAAAGAAAAGAAAAAGUAAAAAGAAGAGAAAGAAAAGCAGCGGGGAUAGAAAAAGCAAAGAGAAAAGCAGAAAAAGUAGAAAACAUUCUUCAGCUUCUAGUCAUUGAUACCGAUGACUAUGAUGAAGAAUAUUUGAUCUUCUGGCGUUUCAACAAACUUAUUAUUUUUCCCUCUGGUUUUUAUUGUUUUAGGAUACAUUGUCGUGUAUUGAAUAGAUAGUUUGCUCAUU